UUAGAGCGUUAUCCGGAUAUUCCUAUCGUUUGUAAUUGCGUUGUACGUAUAUACAUAUGUAUACACGUAUACAUAUUACAUAUACCCUGCGUACUUACUCGUGCACAUCUGCAUAUAUAUGUGUGUAUACAUAUGUACAUAUGCAUGUAUAUAUAGCUUAUUUGUACAUAAUUACAAUUUUGUUGUACCUGGAUCGUUGCAAUUGGAAUAGGACAUUUUGUGCGCUUAAUGGUAAGCAGUAAACUCUUCGUAUUCCCCGUCGCAUCUUGCGUACACACAUAUGUACUUAAAUACGUCUAUCCGCCUCGUUCCUUUGCCACGAGUGAUAAAUCAUCCUGCAACGGAACGAAAGGUAAUAGUAAAUUGACUAUCACUUACCAAACUUUCAUUUCCGUGCCGAUAUAGAAAGGUAUCAUUUAUCGAAAUCUUCUCUUACGAUUUUUUAAUAAUACUUUGCGUCUUUGUAAUCUUUCUACCGUGAUUGUGCAUUUUUCAAAUACGACACAUGCUUGUAAGUUGAUCGAAGAAUAAGUUUCUUUUAAUAAAGUUGAAACAAAUGUUUUAUGUUUUUCAAUCUGUUGUUUUCUUUAUCCAAUCAUAAAAGUUCACAAAUUGAUUUUUCUUUUCCCAUUCUCUGCUUAAUUUUGUGAGGAACCCACAUUGAAUAAUAGAUAGAAAAAAUGGGUAAUUAAGUAUUUACAUACAUACCUAAUUUCACCUGGGGGUAUUUUGGGAUCUCCAAAAUAAUGAAAAUUCGAGAACAAAGGGACGUCCACUCUUUUUGGUAGUCAUUUUUGAUACUUAUAAUUGUUAUAGAGGGCGUAUACUGUUACAGAUGGCGCACUCCAUUUCUAAAACGCGUGCUGUCAGAUGCAACACAGUUCAAUGAACAUAAACGUAUAGUGUCCGGUGUUUUUGACGUAAACAUAUAGAUUCCCGUUGUGUUAUUCGUUUUGGAAAAAUCUUUAAAGCAUUUCUGACAACGACAGCUUGUUUUAACGCAGCUAAUUUGGAUCUUAUCGCUGUCCGGCGAACUCUCGCGAUCCAGAAACGAUGGAAGUCGAAAUAAGUGCUGAUGAAUUAGCGCCAAAAUCGAAUGAAAACAUAACAACGUCGGACAGUUGUCCAAGUGGCGAUAAAGCCGAAGAAGAGAGUCAAGUGAUUGAAAAAGAAAUGUCUACUACUGAUUCUAGCAUUUCCGACGCGUCGAAAGAACACAGUAUGGAAUUGACGGAAAAUUACGCAGCCGAUUCGUCCGAGGACCCUAAUUUCAAAAAACCGACCGUGUUAAUUGAUGCGAAACGUUUUCGACCAGUAAGUAAAACUUCCAAAACGUCGGUAUCGGUAAAUCAAUGUUCGUCCGAAAGCAGUGAUCCGGAUCAAUUAGACUCAAAAGAUCCUCCCUUUCCGUACAAAGAACCACCUUGGGGAGGAAAAUCAGAACAGGAGUAUAAAAUGGAAGUGUUAAAGUCUGGAGUCAUCGUAGAGACAAUCUUGCUCAAUGAACAAAGUUUUUAUAUCAUUGGACGGUUACCAUCGUGUCACGUAUCGCUUGCUCAUCCAACUAUUUCAAGAUAUCAUGCCGUUUUACAAUACAGAUCCAGAGAAGAUGGGGAAAAUUUCAAAGGCUUUUACAUUUACGAUCUAGGAAGUACUCAUGGAACAUAUUGGAAUGGAAAUCGUAUAAAACCUUAUAUUUAUGUAAGAAUACGAGGAGGUCAUAUGCUCAGAUUUGGUUGCAGUCAAAGGAAAUACAUUUUACAAGCACCUCUGGAUGAUCAAGAGGAAGAAUCACAAUAUAGUGUAUCAGAGUUAAAGGAAAUGAGAGUAUUGCAAAUGGAGAAACAACGAAUAAAUAAAGAACUCGAAGGAACCGCUCAAGAGAAAGAAAGCGAUGGUAUCGAUUGGGGUAUGGGAGAAGACGCGGACGAGGAGACGGAUUUACAAGAAAAUCCGUAUGCUUGCAUUACCGACGAGGAUUUAGUCUUAGACGAUCCUAAGAAAACUCUCCGAGGAUGGUUCGAAAGGGAAGGAUACGAUCUUCAGUAUCAGACAGAAGAAAAGGGAAUUGGACAGUUUUUAUGUUGGGUAGAUCUACCCAUGGAGGACAUCGUUGGUCAUACCGUUAGAGCAGAAGCUGUUGUCAAGGGUAAAAAGAAAGAAGCAGUUGUGCAGUGUGCACUGGAAGCGUGUAAAAUUUUGGACAAAUACGGCUUGUUGAGACAAGCGAAUCACGAGGCGAGGAAAAGGAAAACAAGGAAUUGGGAAGCUGAGGAUUAUUAUGAUUCCGAUGAAGACAACUUCCUCGAUAGAACCGGGUCGGUCGAGAAGAAACGAGAACAGAGGAUGCGAUUAGCUGGCAAAUUAGAGGAUAAAGCAGAAACGUAUGAUUCGUUGCUUGAAAAACACAAACAAGUUACGAAACGAAUCUCGCAAUUGUCGACUUCAAUUGAAAAUUGGCACAAUGCGAGUAAUAAAGAGAAGGAAGCACCGGAAGAGGAUGCGUUGGAUGCUUUCAUGUCCAGCUUGAAUUCUUCCUCUUUGACUAAAAACGAUAUUGCUAAGAUGAAAGUAGAAUUACAGAAUCUUCGUAAAGAGGAAGCGAGUUUAAUCAAGUUAUUAAAUUUGACCCGGCCUGCGAAUUUACCUCCUCUAGUUUCUUCCAACGUUAACACAGAACAAAUCACACAUCGCGGUAAAGCGACCGAAACUGUUACCCAAGGAUCGUCGGAAGUAAACAAAAUUCAAGAUUCCUUGAUUCGACGUACAAAGGAAAAACAAGCGAAUCAACGAGCACACGUAGAUCGUAAGUCUAUCGUACCAAGUACAACCAACGACACAAGGACGGAAGCAGAAUCUGAAGAGGAAGUGGAUAGCGAGGACGAUAACGAAUUGAUUUCGUCACGUGCUUCACCGAAAGAAACCGAGGAAAGUUCGAAAACUUCCCCUGAUAGUGUAAAGGAAUCUUCCGAAGGAAAAGAAGCAAAGGGAAAGCAACCGCAGCGUGAAGUUAAAGUAACGAAGAAACGGCGACAAGAGCAAGAAAAAGUUAAUUACGAUCAGGACAUUUAUACGGACAAUUAUUCGAUGUGGGUUCCUCCACAAAAUCAAGCAGGGGAUGGGAAAACGAGUCUUAACGAAAAGUAUGGUUACUGAUGAAACGGGACCAAAUUCAGUCAGUUACAAUGCCGUGUAAUUGUAAUUUGUUUUUAAUUAUGUUUCAUUGUACGACAUUGUAAAUAUUGUAUAUAAUAUAUGAUUAUAACGAAAUGUUUUAAUUUCGAAGUUCAUUAAUGGGAUGUAUCAUGAUUAUAAUACACUGAU